UUCCAGUCUGCCGUCUCACCAGUGAUGGCAUGGGACAUGGUCCACUUGGACCCAAUGUCCCCACUCUUCCUCGAGACAUUGGUACAGUUCUGAAGGAGGUGGGAUUUGAAACUCUUUCUGACAGAGGACACUGCUUGAUGUUCCCUGCAGACCCUUACGACAUGUUUGGGUUCCCCACCAUCAGUGCCCACACACUACCAGGUGAUGACUGGUUGAUUGCUCCACCCCUUUCUUCAUUCAAUAAAAUAAAAUAUUCAAUGGCAACGAGUGUACACUACCUUUUGGCCAUAGUUAGAAUAGGCUGACAUUGGAUGAACUGUUCUUUCAUUGAGGUCGGUGGAUUAAAACAAAUAUAUGGUGUCACACAAAGGGCCAUCCGAUGAAGAGCUCUUUCAAAGAGAGGCAGAUUCAGUCUGUGUGGAGAGAUGGAAGAGGAGGAGGAGGAGGAAAGAGGAGGAGGGGCAGAGUUGGGAAGAGCGAAGACAAGAGAAUUGGGAAAACUGUCUGGAGCUGAAUCUUUCCUAUCAGGAUUUAGGAGACGCUUUCCAGCAAGAAAACUUCCUCCGCAUCCUCCGGAGGUUGAUACGCGUGCAGAAACUACAGCUGGUCAACAACUCUCUCAGCAACCUCAAUUCUGUCUGUCUGCCAAGGUGCCGAGUAUUAAAUCUGCACCAGAACCAUCUGGUGUCUUUACGCCAGUUGCCAAAACUUCCAGCCGUGGAGCAACUUUGCUUGUCGGAGAAUGCCAUCAGCUCCCUGGGAGGAUUGGACGUAUUGAGCAACAGUCCUCUGCGAUCCCUAAACUUGACCCUCAAUCCAGUCACCUUCACUCAGGACUACCGUCCAUGUGUGUUCUCCUGUUUGCCAAAUCUGGAGACCCUGGACGGAGUCCCGAUGCUGCCAGAAGACCAUCUCCACUCUGGACUACACUUCCCACAAAUUACAAGGAUGUGCAACAUUUUGUGACAUUUUCUAGGGAUGAAUAUGUACAGGACUGUGCUGCCUCACAGCUACUGAUUCACAGAAGAAAAACAAAACAAAAAUUUUACCUUAAAUGUGCCAUAACUAUUGCCAAAAUCACUACACAAAAUACAGUUUCCUGGAGAUUUAAGUAUUUAUAGUCAUUGUUUUAGAUAUAUGUACAUAUGCUGUUGUGUCCACUCUGCACAGGAAUAUUUGAUUCAUCCAUGCAAUUUCUAUGGGUUGUUUUCACGUGACGUCAUCCGUUGGGCUGCCUCGAACGAUGGCCAUUUUCGAUCCCUGAGCCUCCGUUACCCAUACAUAGGCAAGGUGGACGACAUUAUGUUUCUAACCGCAUUUAUUGGAAGACGCGAUCGACAGCACAUCAAGCCCAGAAUGACUACAGAACUACCUGACAUACACACAUCAUGGGACUCUGGACUGCGUAACAAAGGCGCAGUAUUGUGCCCUUGAUCUUUUACUCUAUGUGACAGAAAUCACGGAGGAGGAGCACUCACCUGUAUGCUAACACGGAAAACUAAAAGCGGUGGAAUAUUAUUUUGUUAAUAGAGGCAAACUCCAUUUAUUUCUUUUUUUUUUUUUUUUUUUUUUUUCAAAAAGUAAAACCUGUAUAUUAGUUCACCACAAGCAAAGCAAAAUGUUUAUUAUUUGUUUAAAAUUUGAUGGCAAUGGCAGAAAGACAAAAGAAUAAAGUAUUCCACAAAAUUCAUGAAUCUUUCAAGUGACUAAAACUGUAAUGUUGGCCUUCUGAAAAGAGUAUCAAUUAAGCUUCUUAUCUUAGCUCGGCGACACAUCUGCGCAAUGGAGUUUGAGACCGGGCAGCGGGAUAGCAGCGUCGGACAAUUGUCCACAAAGCCAAGUCUUUGUGAAGCACAGAGCCG